AUGGCGGGUCAAGGACACGACGAUCCUUUGGCGUACGGCGAAUUUCACGAUGGUAAUUUCCACGCCAAUCAAGAAGGAGGCGAGCGGGGCCUGCUAGGGGACGCGUAUCGAUUUUUCCAAUCUCGACAACAUCAUUCAGGCUCAUCCCAGGCACCGCCUGGCCAAAGUUCUAGUGUCACUCAGCAAUACCAACCUCAUCUCUUCAACCAACCCCAGGCGUCGUCAUUUGAGAAGCCUUCCUCUACUUCUGCCGAGCAAAGAUCUUCCUUCAACAUGUCCUCAAUACUUGACACCAUCAGUAAUGCCGUCCAUGGCAUUGGGCAUGAGAUUGUCGAGCAAUUCUCUGGCGAGGGCGACAUCCACAGUCAUACGCACACCAGCGGACAGUGUAGCGACGGUGCUCAUGACCCCAGCCAGCACCGGUUCGGAAGCUUUGCGCCUCAACGUGACGGCAACGACGUGAAGUGGUUUGUCGACGGCUGUGGAUACUUCUGGGCAGUUUCAAGGGCUUUGGAAAAUGCUUCGCAGUCAAUCUGGAUUCUCGAUUGGUGGCUCUCCCCAGAACUCUAUCUUCGUCGUCCGCCUGCGAAGAACGAGCAGUAUAGACUGGACCGAAUGCUCCAGGCAGCUGCUCAGCGGGGUGUUAAAAUUAACGUUAUCGUCUACAAAGAAGUUACGCAGGCAUUAACACGUAAGUAUCUCUCUCCUACGCUGCCCGACUAUAUCCAUUCCCUUCUUCCCUCGUCGACCGAUCCAAUCACGUCAAUCCUCAGCAGGCUGGGGCUUGCAGCUACUUUUGCUUCACUUGAAGAAGUUGAAGCUCAGAACCCGCUGAUCACUCCACCCGUAACAGUCUCGUCGAGCCACACCAAGCAUGCGCUCGAAGAGCUGCACCCCAACAUUAGCGUUUUCCGACACCCUGACCAUCUGCCCGAUGCCCAAACUUUUCAGUCUUCUUUGACAUCUUCCUUACAGAAGAUGACGCUGGAUCCUGCAACUGCUUCGAAACUUCCAGAAGAUGCACUGAAGGCACUUUAUGGCAUGAAUGAGGACGUGAUUCUUUAUUGGGCACAUCAUGAGAAGCUUCUGCUUGUGGAUGGUGAGAUUGCCUUCAUGGGCGGUCUCGACCUCUGCUUUGGGCGAUGGGACUUGAACCAGCAUCCCGUUGCCGAUGCUCAUCCCGAGGAUCUAAGCCAGAUCGUGUUUCCUGGGCAAGACUUCAACAAUGCUAGAAUCAUGGAUUUCCAAGACGUGUCAAAUUGGCAGAAUAAUAAGCUCGACCGCAAGACCAAUUCUCGCAUGGGAUGGUCGGAUCUCUCCAUAUCCCUGAGAGGCCCAGUGGUCGAAGAUCUCAAAGUCCAUUUCGUCGACAGGUGGAAUUUCAUCUUUAACGAAAAGUAUAAUGUCAGGGAAGAUUCACGCUAUUCGCGCUUGAGUGUUGCGGAGACACAGUCCGGCAUCGUAGGACAACCGCCGUCUCAGGCAGACGUAAAUCAAGCCUCGUCUGGAUUUGCACAUUAUGGCCAUGAACUCAAGUAUCGACUCCACGAGGGUGUUCAGCACGUUCGAAAUGUCGAGCCUGACUCUUCACAAAACAUUGCGUUCUCUGGCGGCGUCCCAUGUCAGAUUGUUCGGAGCUGCUCUAAAUGGAGCGGCGGGGUCCCGACAGAGCACUCUGUGGCCAAUGCAUACAUCGAGGUGAUUAAGAACAGCCAACACUUCAUCUAUAUUGAGAACCAGUUUUUCAUUACUGCUACGUCUGAUGCUCAACGACCGGUCAAAAACAAAAUUGGAGCUGCUAUCGUCGAGCGGAUUCUUCGAGCAGCUCGAGCUGGCCAGACGUACAAGGUCAUUGUCCUAAUGCCGGCGAUUCCAGCCUUUGCCGGAGACCUGCGAAACGAUGAUAGUCUCAGCACAAGAGCUAUUAUGGAAUUUCAGUACAACUCCAUCAACCGUGGCGGCCACAGCAUCAUGGAGCUCAUCGCCAAGGAAGGUUUUGAUCCUACAAAAUAUAUCCGUUUCUAUAAUCUCCGAAACUAUGACCGCAUCAAUUCCAGUGCAUUUAUGCGUGACGUACAGAAUGCAAGCGGCGUCGACUAUGAGGAUGCUCGGAAGCAAUUCGACGAUUAUUAUAGUCAGGAGGGUCCAGCCAAAGAGAAGAUUUACGGACAAAAUCAACAGUAUCAACGGUAUCAAGAGGCGGCGCAGCAGAUGGAUGGUCAAAGAAAAGCCAAUACUGGUCGUUGGGAUACCGUCAGCGAAUGUUAUAUGCUUGGUGGGCAAGAUAUUCGAAGUGUCCCAUGGGAUGAUGGUGAAUUGUCGGAAAUUGAUGCUUUUGUGAGCGAGGAGCUCUACAUCCACACCAAGCUACUCAUUGCCGAUGAUCGAAUCGUCAUUUGCGGAUCUGCCAACCUAAAUGACCGAUCCCAGCUAGGUGAUCAUGAUUCCGAAAUUGCCAUUGUAAUCGAAGAUCCAACUCCACUUGACUCGUACCUGAACGAGCAGCCCUGGAAAGCGUCCAAAUUUGCGGCAACUCUUCGCCGGCAACUCUUUCGAAAGCACCUCGGACUGCUUCCGCCACAGGAUAUGGAGCGUCCCGACCAGAAUUUUGAGCCGAUAGGAGUGCCAAAUGCUUACGACUAUGGUUCCGCUGAAGACCAUGAUGUGGUUGAUCCACUUUCGGACCGCUUCCUCAAUUUGUGGAACAGCACGGCGAAACAGAAUACAGAUGCUUUUGCGCGCGUCUUCCAUCCAGUUCCAUAUGAUGGAGUCAGGACAUGGAAAGACUAUGAUGCGUAUUACGAGCGCUUCUUCAAAGACGCCGAAAAAGAGAAGGACUUGAAACCAUCUCAAUACAAGUGGGGACACGUCGUCGCCGAAGACUUUCCACCUGGCGACGUUGGCGUCCAGGAAGUCAAGAAGGUUUUGAGUACGAUUCGAGGUACACUGGUUGAGAUGCCUUUGAUGUUCCUCAUCAAGGAGGAUAUUGCCAAGGAAGGCAUUAGCUUGAAUGCCUUCACCGAAGCUGUCUAUACGUAG